ACUACUCUUGUUUGGAACCAAUGUGUCACUGCCACGUAGACGUGGCUCAUUACACUCCAUUCGUUCGCACCAUCAUAGCAGUUCUAUAUUUUCAUUUAUUUAUUUACAAUUUACAAUAAACAAAUGUAUUUAUUUACAAUUUACAAUAAACAAUUAUAUAUAUAGUGAGAGAUAUCAUCUAGAGAGAGGAACCGCUAGAAUCUGCUUCCAUUCUUUGUCAUUGAGGUUCUGAUCAAUUUGGCUAGUCCCAAUUGGUUUGUCAGAAAAUUAUUAGACAGUCCCAGAGUAAUAUGCGGCCUUGUUGUCCACGUGAUGGUCCCAGGCUAUGGGAAACAACAGUCCACACUAAUAAAACUUUGAAACAAGUUUUACCAAAAAUGGAUUCAGAAAAAAUUCAAACUGAGAAGCAACCAUCGCCUGCUGCUGCCACAAAACCAGCAAUCACCUCAUGUCGAAAGAAGAAGUCAGAAGACGCCACUUUCUUGGCAGAUUUGAGGGAUCACAUUGAUGAGUUCAUUAAUUCUUCUAUGGAUGAACACAAAACAUGUUUCAAAAAUACCAUCCAGAAGAUGUUUGGAAUGUCGAAAGUUGUUGCAGAAAGGAGCUCGGACAUGAAGGAAGUGGAAAGUUCUGUGCCCCUUCAAACUAACGUGGCUAAGUAGUAUAUAUAUGUCUAGUUAUUCAUUUCGUCGUCGGUUGAUAUUUAGUAUCAGAACUACAAUGCUUUGUCCAAUGCUGGUUAUUUGCAAUUUAUGCAAUCUAUAACAUUUUGUUUUGGGAAAUUUCUCACUUUCUAGUUUGUUCAUCUGAGGUGAGUGAGUACAGAACGUCACGAGUAUGCUAAGUUUUCCCAUUACCUUGUUCCUGAUAACUACCUCAAUUAGUUCAAAAUUGUUAUGACUAUUGAGCUAUGAUUCUGAUUGUUUAGAGUUUAAUUUGCGGAAACAACCUGUGAUUUAUUCUAUACUAGUUAUUGUUUGGUAAUUAGGUUAGUUCCAACACAGAUUGAACGUGUGAAGAGAAUAAAAAGUAAUUACAGUUCCUGAUC